UGAAGUAUUUAAUGCAUUAUUAUUUACAAAAAGGAAUAAUAUGUUUUAGUCAGUCUUCUUCUGUAUAACAAAAAUACCAGAACAUGAAGGGUGCCUUUGUUAUCGUCUUGCUGCUUUUAGGCUUCGCUUAUGCCUAUGAUGCCUCGUUUAAUGAUUCGAUUGAAUCAUUAAACGUGGAAAUCAGGCAAGGCGGGGGAAUAAUUGAAAUACUAUCAUCGAUGGCUACACUUCUGAAAGCGCUUGCUGGUAUUCUCAGUGGUUCUACAUCGGCGGAGAGCUUAGUCAGUGCCAUUCAAGGUCUUUUUUUCGCUGUAGAACGUACAUUGAACAUUCAAGGAUUAGUUCUUAAGAUCCCUAUCGUGGGAGGAUUCAUUGCUCCCCUAGUAGGUGGAGUCAGUACUAUCAUGCAGAAUACAGAAAUGUUGAGCGGACUUGUGUCGCAAGUGCUCUAGUGAACUUCAAAAUAGAAGAAAACUUGAAGCACGUUCCCGUAAUACAUCAACCAAGUUCACGAGUUUAUGUACAAUUUGAUUACGAUAACUUAUAAUAAAACUUCUGUAUACUUUUGAGCUUUGUAUUUUUAAUAAAGUAAAUAAGUACCUA